ACCCUCGGAGACAGGAGAAGCAGCAUCCUCUGAGCAGCAUCCUCUGAGCAGCAUCCUCUGAGCUGAGCAUCCUCUGAGCUGAGCAUCCUCUGAGCUGAGGAGCAGAGCCAGCUGCCUGAGUAUUUAGUCCCAGUGUUCAUAUCCCCACCUCCCCCUUCCUCCACUCCUACAUCAGCCUCCGUGUCUCAGCAUCAGCAUCAGCAGCAGCAAUACGGAGACAAGUGGAGUGAGCCUGCUGAUCGCACACAGCACAGCACCGAGCAAGUGAUCGGCAGCCUCCAACAUGUCAUAUCCAACCGCUGAGAUCACUUGAAAAGUUGGGGGGACGCAAGUGAACCUGGAAGUUGUCGGAUCGCCUCUCCUGCUGAUGAUCGGAGGCUUCUUCCUGACGCUGUCAAAGGCUUGGUGUGGAAGGAGAUGAUUUGUGUGCUGCUUGCUGGUUCCAUGGACUGUGCAGCGUGACAGCAUCGCCUCGAUCCUCCCUGCACCACCUCCUCCUCCUCAUCAUCAUCCUCAUCAUCAGUCCUCCUCCUCUCCAGCUUGUUUAUAGAGCAGAGUGGGACUGGGAGGGAUUGGAAGCGCCGGUAUACAGCUCAUCCACGUGUUUUCCACCAGUAGGGACUGGAGUUCUGCACACAUCUGCCUCUGUGUACUGGGAGAGAGAGAUAGGAGGAUCUCAUUGUGUCUCACGAUCUGAAGAUAUUGUCGGGGAUCGAUCAGGGCAUUGUGUGCUAUUGUCGGCUGCUUGUGCCCUGCACCGAUGGGCACAGGGAUCUAUUCAAAGUAGGGAGUGCUGUCCAGGACAACUCUUUGCUUUGUAGUUCAUCUACCUGCUUAGGAUCUUCUUCUUGACAGGUUGGCAAAAAGCAAUGAAACUUUAGAAUGUAUUGUAAACUCUCUCUUUCACCUGCACCAUCCCAAAAAAAAACUUUGACACUGGCUGUCCCAUUAAAAAGCUGAGAUCUGAUUGGCUUGCCACCAAGCACUGAUACACGUGGCUUUUUCUUAUAAAGGGAAUUAUUUUAUUAUUUUAUUUGCCAAGGAUGUCACCUAAUUGAUUGUGGAUCUCAAAUGUACAAAAAAAGCUUCCCCUGGUUCACCCAACUGCUAAAAGUUGGCUGCUCCCCAUCUUCUGGGAAAUCUUUGUGGAUUAUUCAAGUUCAACGACCAUUGGCACACUUUUCUACUGCCAUGAAGAGGAAGCAGAAAAGGUUCUUUCAGAUGGUUUUGCUCUUUACUGUGGCUUUAAUUUUCCUGCCCAAUAUUGGUCUUUGGUCGUUAUAUAAGGAGAAACAGCUCAUGAAAUCCACGGAUGGAGCAGAUCAGGGUUUUUCUAUCGGACUUAAUGAUGCUCAGCUCUACACAUGGACAGAUGGCCUUAGAAGGAAGGACUGGCAUGACUAUGACAACAUUCAGAAGGAUGCACUGCGCUCAGGCAAAGGUGAACAUGGGAAGCCAUAUCCUGUCAGUGAACUGGAUCAAGAUGACACGGCUUAUAGAGAAAAUGGCUUUAAUAUAUAUGUUAGUAAUAAUAUCGCCUUGGAGAGAUCCUUGCCUGACAUACGACAUCCUAAUUGCAAGCACAAGUUUUAUUUGGAAAAACUACCAAAUACGAGCAUUAUUAUUCCAUUUCACAAUGAAGGGUGGACAUCUCUACUUAGGACCAUACACAGUGUGAUUAACAGAACUCCAGACAGUCUCAUAGAAGAAAUUAUCUUGGUGGAUGACUUCAGUGACAGAGAACAUCUCAAGGAAAAAUUGGAGGAAUAUAUGUCAUACUAUUCAAAAGUGAGAAUUAUACGUACUAAAAAACGAGAGGGACUGAUCCGUACUCGACUGUUGGGAGCAUCUGUUGCUAAAGGAGAAGUGUUAACUUUUCUGGACUCUCAUUGUGAAGUCAAUGUCAACUGGUUACCACCUUUACUUAAUCAGAUUGCUCUGAACCACAAAACAAUUGUGUGUCCCAUGAUAGAUGUCAUUGACCACAAUCACUUUGGAUAUGAAGCUCAAGCAGGAGAUGCUAUGAGAGGAGCCUUUGACUGGGAGAUGUACUAUAAACGAAUCCCAAUUCCUCCGGAGCUACAAAGAACAGAUCCCAGUGAGCCUUUUGAAUCUCCUGUGAUGGCCGGUGGACUGUUUGCUGUGAGUCGGAAAUGGUUUUGGGAACUGGGUGGCUACGAUCCUGGCUUAGAAAUCUGGGGAGGAGAGCAAUAUGAGAUAUCCUUUAAGGUGUGGCUGUGUGGAGGACAAAUGUUUGAUGUCCCAUGUUCCAGAGUUGGCCAUAUCUACAGAAAGUAUGUGCCUUACAAAGUUCCAACAGGGACAAGCCUUGCGAGGAAUCUGAAACGUGUGGCAGAGACGUGGAUGGAUGAGUAUGCCGAGUAUAUUUAUCAGAGAAGACCUGAAUACCGACACCUCUCUACCGGAGAUCUCUCGUCCCAAAAAGAACUACGCAAACACCUGAAAUGCAAAGACUUCAAAUGGUUCAUGUCUGAAGUAGCAUGGGAUAUACCAAAGUACUACCCACCAGUGGAGCCUCCACCUGCAGCCUGGGGCGAGAUACGAAAUGUGGCCUCUAACCUCUGCAUUGACAGCAAACAUGGAGCUACUGGAACAGAACUCAGAUUAGACACCUGUGUCAAAGAUGGCUCUGAAAGGACAUGGUCACAUGAACAGCUCUUCACCUUCGGAUGGAGAGAGGACAUCCGUCCCGGGGAGCCGCUUCACACAAGAAAAUUCUGCUUCGAUGCGAUUUCUCGUAAUAGUCCUGUCACCCUUUAUGACUGUCAUGGAAUGAAGGGAAAUCAGCACUGGAGCUAUAGAAAGGACAAGACUUUGUUUCAUCCCGUUAGCAACAGUUGUGUCGACUGCAACCCAGCCGAAAAAAAGCUCUUCAUGAACAGAUGUGACCCACUGUCUGAAACGCAGCAGUGGAUUUUCGAACACAUUAAUAUGACAAUUUUACAGAAAUUUAACAUCUACAACAACUCAUAGAGAUCAACAAAAUCAUCUCUCCAACAGCAGAGUAUCAGCGGGCUGCGAGAGUCAGUGGUUUUUGAUAUGUGAGAUCCCUCUUCCUCUUGUGAGGAUAUUAUCAAAUGAUGCCACACACAAGCUAGAGCUAUGAGAUGUCAUUGAAUCCAAAGACCUUGGAUGGGAAUGAGAGAUGAUGCCGCUGCGGAGAACUUCAAAAAGAAUUUCCUUGCUGGUUCAAGGGCAGAUAACCUUUGGAAUAAUAUUCUAUGCUACCACAGUGAAAUGCAUUUUUAAUCUUACUCAGGACACUUCCUGCUGUAGUGUGUAGCUGUGAAUGGCAAGUAGUGGAAAUGUUCUUCCUUUUUUUUUUUUUUUUUCUUUUUUUUUUUCUCGUGGGGGGAAGUCGGGAAUGGACUGCAUGAGAAACAAGAGACUUUUAAAGCACCAAUCUUGGACUGCAGACUGACACAAGCAGGAUCAUCGGUUGACAAGCUGAUUAGGAUGUUCCUUUUCAUAUAAUAAGGAGGUUAACAGGUUUAAUCUCUAGAUAACUGCAAACACUUUUAGAAAGCACCCAGUACCUCUCCACUCUGGUCAUGGUAUCAGAGUCUUGGAUAAUAUGGAAGAAGGACACUUUGGUGUAGCAUGAAGUAGACUGUAACCUGAUGAAUAAUAUUCUUCUUUCAUUAUUAUUUUCUUUUUUUAUUGACAAAAAAACACAAAUAGAAUAAAAUAAUAUUGUACAAUAAAACUGGCUGAUAUAGUGGUCAGUGUUUUCCAACAGGUAAACAUGUUGUCAGUCACUUUGUAAAAUGGGGUUGCAAACAGUCUUUUUUCUGGGCCAGUUUAAAGUGUUACUAAACCCACAACAGUAAAAUCAGUCUGUAUAUGCAGUAAA